AUGCAGGCCCGUCUAGAAGAGAUAGAUAAGGAUAGCACUGCUGGUGGGCCCGAUUGGGUACGAGCUUUUGCGAAGAAACAACAAAAAGAAAAGUUGUACCAAGAAAAAGCAGAUCUAGAAACCCGGCUCUCAAAAAUACGCGAGAAAGAAAAGAAAGAAAAAGAAAGGUCAGGGUUAGGUAUUGGGGGUAGUAGGGCAAAGAAAAGGAAAGGAGAGCUUGAAGUUGAGAUUGACGGAGGCAAUGACAAUGAGGAUUUACAAUUCAUUCUAGACGAUUAUGAUAGUGAAGAUGAGGGGGGAGACUCUAAAUCUAACAGCAAUGGAGAUUUUUCCCCGGCUGUAAUGGAAAUGAUGAAGAGACUUGGCAUUCCUAUGGGAGCAGAUAUUAAGGAUGAAGAUUUAGAAGUUCCCGACGAAAUUAAGAUCUUUUACUGCUCACGAACGCAUUCUCAACUAACACAAUUCGUCAAUGAACUUCGCCGUGUAAAGUUCCCGCCUUCAUUCGCACAGGAAGACACCAAGGCAAUCAAACUAGAGGAGGAGGAGGAAAUAAAACAUAUUCCCCUCGGAUCCCGGAAAAAUCUUUGUAUAAACUCAAAGGUUACGAAACUAUCAAACCCCACUGCGAUAAAUGAGAGAUGCCUAGAACUACAGCGAUCCGGCACUCAAGAAUCGCGAUGUCAAUUCCUCCCUGAAAAAGAUGACAAGGUACUUAUCAGAGACUUCCGAGACCAUACACUUGCAAAAAUCCGUGAUAUCGAAGAGUUGGCUUCCCUUGGCAAGAAGAUGGGUAUUUGCCCUUAUUAUGCUUCUAGGCCUACCAUCAAGUCAAGCGAGAUCGUAACGCUACCAUACCCCCUCCUUCUCCAGAAAUCAGCCAGGGAGGCACUCGACCUCUCACUUAAUGGGCAUAUUGUAGUCAUUGACGAGGCCCAUAAUCUUAUCAACGCCAUCUCAUCAAUCUAUUCAAUCAAUGUAUCACUCAACCAACUCGAGCGAUGCCAAGCACAACUUGAAAUCUAUCUCAAUAAAUUCCGAAAUCGGUUGAAAGGCAAAAAUAAAGUCUACGUAAUGCAAGUGACUCGGAUCUUGAGUACACUUACUUCGUAUCUGAAGGAGUUGGAUAGGAAGGGAGGAGAAGGGGCGGUUAUUGCUGGAGAUCUACUCGCAAUGAAUGGUAUGGAUCAGCUCAACUUUUUCAAGCUCCAAAGAUACCUAAAUGAAAGCAAACUGGCAAGGAAAGUUGAAGGAUAUGUGGUCCAUAUUGAGACGAAAGAGCAGGAAAAACAACACAAGAAAUCUGCUGGCGAGAACAUAUCUAAUGUGUCGAUACCAACUCUUACGCAUAUUCAAGGGUUCCUUUUAGCUUUGACUAACCCAUCCACCGAAGGAAGAAUAUUUUACGGGAAGAUGGAAGAUAAGAAAGUAGCUUGCUUUCGUUAUAUGCUAUUGGAUCCUGCACACCACUUCAAGGAGAUUGUAGAGGAGGCAAGAGCAGUGAUUUUAGCUGGGGGCACUAUGGAACCGAUGAAUGAUUACAUGAUGCAUCUUUUCCCGUACCUACCAAAAGAAAGGAUCCGCACAUUUUCGUGUGGACACGUCAUACCAAAGGAAAACUUGGUAGCAUUACCUGUUUCCAAGGGGCCUAGUGGAAGAGAGUUCGAGUUUACUUUCGAGAAGCGUAUGCUUCCUGCAAUGAUCGAAGACUUGGGUAGAGCUAUCAUCAAUCUAUGUCUUGUUAUUCCACAUGGAGUUGUGUGUUUCUUUCCUAGUUAUGCAUAUUUGGAAUAUGUUGUAUCCCAGUGGAAGAAAACUAGUGGAAGUAUGGGUAAGUCUAUUUGGGAAAGACUUGCAGAUAGGAAAAUUGUUUUUAGAGAAUCAAGCGAUGGCAGCAGUGUAGAGGACAUCCUCAAAGACUACGCACAAGCAAUCGAUUCUGGAAAAGGCAGUCUCUUGCUUUCUGUUGUUGGAGGCAAGAUGUCAGAGGGAAUUAAUUUCAAUGACAAUCUAGGCAGGGGAAUAAUCAUGGUCGGCCUUCCUUUUCCAAACAGCAAUACCGCCGAGUGGCGCGCGCGCCUAGAACAUGUGGAGAAGGUUGCUCGUGACUCUUACCUUACAGAGUCAAGCGAGAGUAUGCCAUCUGACUCUGAGCUGGAAGCGAUUGCCAAAGCUGCUGGGCGUGAGUUUUAUGACAAUGCCUGCAUGAGAGCCGUGAACCAAAGCAUUGGGAGGGCUAUAAGACACCGCGAAGAUUAUGCUGUUAUCAUAUUGUUUGAUAAACGCUACAUAACUGAUAGGAUAACUUCCAAGUUGCCUGGAUGGAUACAAAAUGGUUUAGUCCGAGACCGAGCAGAUAAGCCUUUCUCAGAUGUCAUGGCAAACAUUGGCAGGUUUUUCAGAGAGAAAAAGACGUUGUAA